CAUACACGAGUGAGUAGUGACUGAUAGCUCAACUUACUGACACACACUCACUGUGUGAUUUCUAGUUGUAUCAUUUAUUUUGAAAUUGAAAUUAAGGUACACAAAAAAAAUCUGAAAGAAAAAUGUCGUCUAAACCGAAUGGUUCAACUUCUGAUCUUUUGAGUUGGUCGGAAACUCCACCUCCAGCAGCUGAUUCCGGCAAUGUCAAGGCUUCCGGCAACCCCCCUCGUUCUCAUCAGCCAUCGGAUGGAAUAAGUAAGACGUUAUUUGGGGGUCAGAUUAGUGAAGAAGAAGCUGAAUCUCUUAAUAAAAGAAAACCAUGUUCAGGGUAUAAGCUUAAGGAAAUCACUGGUAACAAAAUAUUCGGAGUUGAAUCACCUAAUUCUGGGUCUUCUGGCAAAAGAACGUCAGUUCGUAUUGUACAGCAAGCAACAAAAGGGAUGAGCCAGAUAUCCUUUAGUAGUGAAGAGGAAGUAUCUCUGAAGAAACCGGUUUCUGUCCCUGAGGCAGCAAAGCAACGCGAACUAAGUGGAACAUUUAAUGACUCGAACACGAAAAUUAAGAAGCCAUUGUCCGAUGCCAAAUGCAAGGAGCUCAAUGGAAAUGACAUUUUUGGCCCUGCCCCAGAGAUUACCCCUCGGAACCUGGAGGUUAAAGCAAUGAAACAGUUUGAGGAACCUGCACCACCACCCCCCAGAAACAUUCGAACUUCGGUUAGAGUUUCAAAUCCUGCAGGGGGUCAAAGUAAUAUCAUGUUCAGUGAAGAAACGGAGGUGAAAGCAACAAAGAAAACAAUUCACAAUCAGAAGUUUGCAGAGUUGACUGGGAAUGAUAUCUUCAAGGGAGACGUGGCGACUCAUGGGUCUUCUGAGAAGCCACUGAGCAGUGCAAAGCAGAGAGAAAUGAGCGGAAGUGAUAUAUUUGCGGACGGGAAGGUGGAAUCAAGAGAUUAUCUUGGUGGCGUGCGUAAACCGCCGGGUGGUGAAUCUAGCAUUGCUUUAAUAUGAACUACUUGGCUUAUUUGACUCCUGCUACUGUAACGUUAAUAAACAAUGAUACUGAGUAUGCAUGUUCUAGAUAUAGAUUAACAAUUGCUGUUAACGUGUUUAACAAACAUUAACAUGCAAGAGUCAAUGAUAUUAGCCGUUUUUAAUGGUUAAUUUGCAAUAAACUUUGUAAUUUUGGGGUUAGGGAACUUUGUUACUUCGUCAUUUAGUAGGAACCAUGGUUGCUUGCUUGUAAUGAGGAUACAAAUAUGAUGGAUUGAUGGUUAAGAAUUUACAGUAUUUUCCCCAU